UUGUCUCUUCAGGUGAAUUUCAACUAAUGGAUUCAGCAUACUUUUUCAUGAAAAUUACACCAUUCAUUCCAGAGUAAGCACUUUUCACACAUGCAGCAUAAUUUACAGGAAAUCUUUGGGAAAACACACACACAUCUCACGAGUGGACAAAAUAAAAGGCUAAAAUGCUCAGCAGCUUGGAAUUCAGUGCUAAUAACACAAGACAGCUGCACUAAUGGAACACAACCGAGAAACUGGAAUGCACCCGGCAGGCAGCAUUUAGCCGUAAACCUAUUGUCCUGGAAACCAGGGCAACUGGCACGCACUAAGGGUAUCGUCAUCAGGAAGAACAGCACGCACCAAAUUGCAAUUCGGAAUGCACGGAACUUUGCUGCAACAUCGGAUGAGUGAAUACUUUGAAGUUGAUUUUUCCUGCAACUUCUCCUUUACUUAGCUUCGCACCUUGUAGGCAAAUAAGACCUGUGGUCAUCAGCGUAUUUGCCACAUCACCAAACGGGUACAUUUAAAUGAACAUAUGGUGCUCGGGUAGCUUAGGUGCGACCUUGUGCUCCCACUGCGGUACCGCUGCAGCGGGACGGGGGCUGUAAAAUACGUCUACUGACGCCAUAACAUUGUUCCCGCCUCCACCACUUCUUUACAACCAUUAAUCCACUCUGGACUAGACACUAAUAAUCUUGUGCAAAAAGCCAGCUCACAAACGAGGAAGACAAACGUAGCAGUGGCUUUUGUUGAUUGCACGAGUUACAAAUCCGUGUGUAGAAGUAAAAAGGAAAGCUAUCUAUUUGGAUCCAAAAAGAUGUACCCAGGCUGGAUUCUGAAACAGAGAAGGCAGACUUUGCUCUCAGCUGCUUGGAGUGAUACUUGCCUUUCAUACAGUUUUAUCAACGAAGGCAUCCCUGACUGCAAAAGCUAGUGGACGUCUCUCGACACCGUGACAUGAUCCGAUAUACAGUGUCUGGGUAGUAAGAUAAGCGCGCCUGAGUUUGCUUAUUGGCUUCUAUCGUCGUCCUUUUGCAAUGAAACUUACCUUAUCCUGCAACCCUCAUUAGUAGUCGGUAAUGGAGAGAUAAACACACUGCUGCUAGUUUUACUACCCAUUAGCAUGAUAUAUAAUCCAAAAAUAUCAGUCUCGAUACAUAAGGACUUAUUUGAAAUACCAGCAUGCAUGCAGGUGGAUGACUGUAAAUAAAGCAGAGUAGUCCACAUUAGACUUAUGGAGGUGGAAGUUGAAGCACAAUACCUAAAUUCCUACUUGGAAAGAAAUUCCAAUCAUAUCUAGAUACAACGAGAUAGCUAUGCGUUCACGUACUUUGAUGCUUCAGGAGUUGUCAUUUACUUGCAUAGCCCAGAACAUACUGCAAAAGUGUCUUGAUUGGUUUUAAACCUGCGGGUAUUUACUACAUAUCAUGCUAAUUGGAAGUGUGCGGCAUUCUUAGAAGUCCAGCUGGCUAUGUAAUGUUAUGAGCAUUGAGGUGUGCACACACUCAUGAAAGAUACAUGGAGAUUCUAGUGCUGGAAUUGCGUGUGCACGUUGGAGACAGCAUCACUUUCUUGAAGUAAGCGGUAACUCAUUUUAAUACAAACGAGGAUCUAAUGUAACUUAUUAAGUGUAAAAUCUCCAGCCUGCCCCUCCUCUGCUGCAAAGUACGUGCGUUUGCAAGUGGACUGUUCAGACAAAAAAGCACAAUGCAAAUGGGAACAUCUUACUUAAGGAGGAUACCCUUUGCACCUGAAGUAAUAAAAUGUGAUCCGCCGCACUUCCAACAAUCACAAGUCCUCAUGGACAGACGUGAAAAGCACAAGAGUAUCCGGAUAAUUUUAUUGAUGUAGUGCAACUGCAGGCGAACGCACAAACAUUGUUGAACAAAGACCAAUAAUGGAGUUGUCUGAGGUACGGUGCUCCAGUGCCAGCGAUGAACUUUAUACUAUAAACAAAACACCAGUUAACAACAGCAGUACAAGAGCUAAACGUCUUUUAUGGCAAAAUGCCGUCCGUCAUAUAACAGAGCAGCGUUUUAUACGAGAACAAAGCAGCACAAAAACAAUAAGUUCUGAUGAUUCAUAUGGCCCAAGUGCCCGUAAACAAUCCACUGGCAAAGCAUCCUUAGGUGACAGACAUAACAAUGGUGGCACCAAAGUGUUUCCUGAAAGAGCAAAUAGUGACCUAGGCUUCCUCCACUCAGAGUGUGCCCCAAGCAAUUCUGAUUUCUUCUUGAAUUGGGGCUAUACCUACCGGGGGAUUAUAUUUCCGACUUUAAGGAAUGCGUUUAAGUCUAGAGAUUUGGAAAGGCUUUAUCAACGUUAUUUCCUUGGACAGAGGCGCAAGUCAGAGGUUGUGAUGAACAUUUUGGACGUCCUUACUAAGCUGACCUUGCUUAUCCUUCAUCUCACCUUGGCCUCCGCACCGAUGGACCCCAUUAAAGGAAUUUUGUUAGGAUUUUUUACUGGUAUCGAAGUUGUUAUAUGUGCCUUAGUAGUGGUUAGGAAGGACACCACUUCUCAUACGUAUUUGCAGUAUAGUGGUGUGAUAACUUGGGUAGCCAUGGCCACCCAGAUUUUAGCAGCGGGUCUUGGCUAUGGUCUACUUGGAGAUUGCAUUGGCUAUGUACUUUUUACCCUUUUUGCUACAUACAGUAUGCUUCCAUUGCCCCUCACAUGGGCUAUCCUUGCUGGCGUGGUGACCUCAGCCCUACAUAUUAUUGUGCAGCUGGUUCUCCCCAGGCACACAGUGACUUCCACAAAUCAGAUCCUUGCUCAGGCAGUGCUAUUUAUGUGCAUGAACACAGCUGGAAUCUUCAUCAGCUACUUGUCUGACAGAGCACAACGCCAGGCAUUUCUGGAAACCAGGAGGUGUAUUGAGGCAAGACUGAGACUUGAAACAGAAAACCAGAGACAGGAGCGACUUGUUCUUUCAGUGUUGCCUCGCUUUGUAGUACUUGAAAUGAUUAAUGACAUGACCAAUGCUGAAGGUGAAUAUCUACAGCAUCAGUUUCAUAAAAUUUACAUUCAUCGCUAUGAGAACGUCAGCAUUCUUUUUGCAGACGUUAAAGGGUUCACCAACCUCUCCACCACGUUGUCAGCACAGGAACUUGUGAGAAUGCUAAAUGAGCUCUUCGCAAGAUUUGAUCGAUUAGCACAUGAACAUCACUGCCUUAGAAUUAAGAUCCUCGGAGAUUGCUAUUACUGUGUAUCGGGACUCCCUGAACCUCGACAGGACCAUGCACACUGCUCUGUUGAAAUGGGUCUUGGCAUGAUCAAAACCAUAAGGUAUGUAAGGUCUCGCACAAAGCAUGAUAUUGAUAUGCGAAUUGGAAUACACUCAGGAUCUGUGCUGUGUGGUGUGCUCGGACUACGGAAAUGGCAGUUUGAUGUAUGGUCAUGGGAUGUGGAUAUUGCAAAUAAACUAGAAUCUGGAGGAAUUCCAGGGAUGAUCCACAUAUCAAAAGCAACGCUAGACUGCCUCAAUGGGGAUUAUGAAGUUGAGGAAGGACACGGAAAAGAGAGGAAUGAAUUUUUAAGGAAACAUAACAUUGAGACAUAUUUAAUAAAGCAACCAGAGGAGAGCCUGCUGACUUUACCUGAAGAUAUUGUGAAGGAAUCUAUCAUUUCUCCAGACAGAAGAAAUAGUGUGGCAACAUUUACUGAAGGAUCGUGGAGCCCUGAGCUACCAUUUGAUAAUAUUGUGGGAAAACAGAAUACUCUGGCUGCCCUAACAAGAAAUUCAAUAAAUCUGCUUCCAAACCAUCUUGCACAAGCUUUGCAUGUCCAGUCUGGGCCUGAGGAAAUUAACAAGCGAAUAGAACACGCCAUCGACUUACGGAGUGGCGAUAAAUUGAGAAGAGAGCAUAUCAAACCAUUCUCACUGAUGUUUAAAGACUCCAGCCUGGAAGAGAAGUACUCGCAAAUGAGGGAUGAAGUUUUCAAGUCAAACCUGGUCUGUGCUUUCAUUGUUCUUAUAUUUAUCACAGCAGUCCAGAGUUUACUUCCUUCAUCUAGGAUGAUGCCUCUGGUGAUUCAGUUUUCCAUUCUUAUCAUGUUGCACGCUGCUCUAAUGCUUAUAACCACAGCAGAGGAUUACAAAUGUUUACCACUUGUGCUCCGAAAAACCUGCUGUUGGAUUAAUGAGACCUACUUAGCCAGGAACGUCAUCAUCUUCGCAUCCAUUAUGAUAAAUUUCCUUGGAGCCAUGAUGAAUAUUCUUUGGUGUGACUUUGGAAAAUCAGCAGCUUUAAUUAAUCAAACCUUCAAUUAUUCUAUGCCACGUACAGAUAUUUGCUCCUAUCCUGAGUACUUUGUGUUUACUGGUGUUCUGGCCAUGGUCACCUGUGCUGUGUUCCUUCGACUGAACUCUGUGCUGAAGCUGGCUAUACUACUCAUCAUGAUAGCCAUCUACUCCCUGCUGACAGAGACCAUCUUCACAUCCCUUUUCCUGCGAUAUGACAACUUCCACAAUAACAGAGAAAAAAACUUCCUAGGAACAAAGGAGACGUCUCUUCUAAUGAUGGCGAUGUUCCUUUUAGCUGUGUUUUAUCAUGGGCAACAGUUAGAAUACACAGCGAGACUUGACUUUCUCUGGCGUGUUCAGGCAAAAGAAGAAAUCAAUGAAAUGAAGGAACUACGGGAACACAAUGAAAAUAUGCUCCGAAAUAUUCUACCGUGCCAUGUAGCCCGUCAUUUCCUGGAGAAAGACCGUGACAAUGAAGAACUGUAUUCACAAUCAUAUGAUGCUGUUGGUGUAAUGUUUGCCUCCAUACCUGGAUUUGCUGAUUUCUAUUCUCAAACUGAAAUGAAUAAUCAAGGAGUGGAAUGCUUACGCCUGCUUAAUGAAAUUAUUGCAGACUUUGACGAGCUAUUAGGUGAAGAAAGAUUUCAAGAUAUCGAGAAAAUAAAAACGAUUGGAAGCACAUAUAUGGCAGUAUCAGGCUUGUCUCCCGAGAAGCAGCAAUGUGAAGACAAAUGGGGCCAUCUGUGUGCUUUGGCAGAUUUUACAAUAGCUCUGAAUGAAAGUAUACAGGAAAUAAAUAGACAUUCCUUCAAUAACUUUGAACUUCGAAUUGGUAUUAGCCAUGGCUCAGUUGUAGCUGGUGUAAUUGGUGCUAAGAAACCGCAGUAUGAUAUAUGGGGCAAAACUGUCAACUUAGCGAGCAGAAUGGAUAGCACGGGUGUCAGCGGAAAAAUACAAGUGCCUGAAGAGACAUACCUUAUCCUGAAGGACCGUGGGUUUGCCUUUGAAUAUCGGGGAGAAGUUUAUGUCAAGGGAAUAAGUGAACAAGAAGGAAAGCUUAAGACACAUUUUCUUCUAGGAAGGGUGCAGCCAAACCCUCUUAUCUUGCAACCAAGAAAGCUGACUGGACAAUAUUCAUUAGCAGCUGUUGUAUUAGGACUUGUACAGUCUCUUAACAGGCAAAAGCAGAAACAAAUUCUAAAUGAAAACAACAAUGCUGGUAUUAUGAAAGGACAUUAUAACAGACGGACACUAUUAGCUUCCAGUGGACCUGAAAUGGCAACUCAAGUUGAAGCCACUGACAAAACUGAACUGCCAUAGUAUGACAACUUAAUUGUGUUGAUUUUUUGUAUUUCUUUUAUAUAUAAUAAUAAAAAUGGUUUAAUUUUGUUAAA